AUGAGUGUAUUAAGCAAAUUAUUUGGUGAUGUGCUCGGCUUCAAAAUUCAAACAGCCAAUUGUUACGAGUUACAUCAUACGUGGAAUCCGAGUUGCAAUGGUGCGAUUCGAGACGCGAUGUGGGACGGCUUCUCGUUCUCGUUUCGAACCUAUGCCACCCUCUAUAUUAUUGCUGCAUUCUUAUCAAAACGAGACAUUCGAAAAAUUGAUUGGGUUACCACAUUCAAGGAUACGUUCCGUUCGACAGUCUUUCUCAUGACAAACCUUGCUGCUUAUAUGUGGUUUAUGUGUCGUUUAAGACGUUUGCUAGGCUUCUCUAUUCUUCCGACGAUGGGUCUUAUCAAUGGCUUGCUAGCCUCAUGGCUUGCGAUAUUGGUGGAAUCACCGAAGCGGAGGCCUUUAUUAUCGUUGUAUUUGACAAAUUUGGCUUCAGAAACGGCAUACAGGCAGCUGGCAAAUCACGGCUAUGUACGACUGUUGUCGAAUGGACAGGUGAUCCUAUUCGGCAUUGGGCUCUCUGGCUUGCUAUAUUUAUUUCGACGCAAACAACUAGGUCGAAAUUUGUCUAGUCUUCUGAGUUUCGCGCUUUGCUUGGAUAAUGCGAAUGAGGAGUUGGUGAAUGUUGAACGGCUGAGGGCAGUAAGAAACGGUUAUGUUCAACGAUUGCUUCGUUGGGUGCUGUUUAUGCGUACGAUGCGUGUAAAACAUCAUCUGUGCACACAUACUCAUUCGUGUGUCAGUAAAAGUGUUGAAGGAUCUCAUUGUCUGCUUAAUCGGCUUCUGGGUAAAGACACACCUCAAACACAAAUGCUGUGUGGUGGAUUCAGUGGUUUAGCGAUGUUAUUCUAUCCAAAUGUUUCAAUUGCCAUGUAUAUUUUGUGGAAAUUCAUUGAAGCUUUCUAUUUCGCUUUGGUGAGUGAGGGGUAUGCACGAACGAUCCCGUACGGUGACAUUCUCUUGUAUACGUUAUCAACUGGUUAUGUGUUGUGGAGUGUUACGAUUGAGCCACAUGCAAUACGGAAAGGAUAUUGGGAUUUUCUCAGCAAACUCACUGGUGGCAAAGUUGCGUUGCUAAAUCGUCGCUUGUAUGAUGUUUAUGGCUAUCGCUCAUCGACGUUAUUCCCAGAUUUCGCGCCUGAACUGAAUCAAAAAUUCAUCAGUAUCAAUCCAGAAGCAUAA